AUGCAGGGUGUUCAGCAAUGGAGUUUUGCAGAACAGGACUGCGGAUCUGCCAAAACUGCACAGAAUAACAACAGCAACAACAGCAGCAUUUCUUCAUCUCUCAUCCCAACAGCAGCAUCCCAACAGCAGCAUCGUCAUCGGCAUGGCACAGGCUUGGACACUGGCAUCAGCAUUGACUCUUCCAGCACCACUCCAGCAGCAGGAAUGGCCAGCACUCUUACCGUUGUCUCCCAGAAGCGGCAGUCAAGAGCUAAAAUUAAACUGGAAAUUGAAAAGCUCAAUCUACUGAUCUGUCAAGAUUAUCCUCGCAGUGGACUGGACCAUGACAAAUUGUUGUGCAUGUUAGAUCCCAGCGCAGGAUAUGUGGAUCCAAAUGCUGAUUACGGUGCCCACAGAAACAAUCUCCAAUUUCCAGUACAUUCUGCCAGUGGUAUGAAAUUCGGUACACGAAGUCUUGGCCUCCGGUACGAGAAUGAGCAUUCUGAGGUCUACUAUGGGUACAAGAUGUGUCAAUUUUCAAGGCAGCAUCUUCAGUUCCUGUUGAAUAUUCAACGAGCAAUUUAUCUGUCACAUCCCAGCUCUCAAAUCAGGAAUGCUACCCAGGAUUAUAUGAGAGUCAAUCUUGUGGUGGGAGCCCAGACAGGAGAGCACACGGAUACUUUCAGAGGAGCCACUCCCAACUUUAUUUUUAUAGAACCUGGCAAUACAUUCCACUUGAGAAUACGACUCUUCCCCAAGUUUCAUUCAUCCGUGGUUUCGUAUAAGGGAGACUACUACAUACCCCACCAGUAUAGUCCAGCACGACUCGUAAUGAUAGGCAAAAAUGACAAAGGUGAUCCCCACUAUUUCAAGUUCCCACCCUCAACAAUUGACAAGUUGGAACCUGUAGGAGACCUUCACAGCUUCAUUGUCGUGGGCAUCAAACAAAAGAAAAUCCAAACAGCCCCAAGCUACUAUAGUGUACACCAUACCACAGCCACUUUGAACAUUGUCAGCCUUGCGGAUGUCCUGCAAGACGCAAAAAAACAUCCUGUUCUGAGGAAGCCCAGGCCCAUGUUUCAAUUGAAGCACGAAACCAACAAAUGGCAUAUUUUCUAUGGUUGGAAGCACGUGCAUAAAUGGGUGGCAGGGACUGAUUCUGAGUGCCGUCGAAUUCAUGUUUUCUACCGACCCAUCAGAGAAGAAGUGUCUGCUUCUAGAGCAAGAUUCUUCACAUGGCGAGACUAG